UUUUCUUUUUAUUUCUAGGGUUUCUUCGUUUGGCUACUGGUUCUCUCUUGGAAUCCUUGGCGCCAGGGCCCGGAUCGAGAUGGACGGGGAGGAGCUGACGGCGCAGGAGACGGCUCUGUAUGACCGCCAGAUCCGUGUUUGGGGCGCUGAUGCUCAGCGGAGGUUGAGCAAAUCGCAUAUCCUGGUCAGUGGUUUGAGUGGCACCUCAGUCGAGUUUUGCAAGAAUAUUGUGCUUGCUGGAGUUGGAAGCUUGACACUUAUGGAUGAUCGUUCUGUCACUGAGGAUGCCCUUCAGGCAAAUUUUUUGAUUCCUGCACUUGAAUCUGAAUAUGGCGGGAGAUCUCUUGCUGAACUUUGUUGUGAAUCGCUGAAAGAUUUCAAUCCCAUGGUUCGUGUUUCAGUGGUAAAAGGUGAUUUGGCACAAUUUGAUGUUGAAUUCUUUGACAAAUUUGAUGCUGUUGUUGUCAGCGGUUGCGCUUAUAAUACCAAAAAAGCAGUUAACGAGAAAUGUAGGAAGCGGUCAAAGCGGGUUGCAUUUUAUGCUGUGGAAUGUAGGGGCUCAUGUGGUGAAAUUUUUGUUGAUCUGCAGAACCACUCCUAUGUGCAGAAAAAGUCCAACGCCGCUGCUGAAUGCAUUCUCAAUUAUCCUAGUCUUGAGGAAGCAAUCAUGAUACCUUGGAAGGGUCUUCCUAGGAAAGUUACCAAACUGUAUUUUGCCUUGAGAGUGAUUGAAAAAUUUGAGUUGUUUAAAGAACGAAAUCCAGGUGAAGUAUCUAUUUCUGAUCUCUCCGAUGUGCUGAAACUGAGCAAGGAACUCUGUGAAGCACAGUCUUUGAGUGAAUCUCAUAUACCAGUUGCUCUUCUUGAACGGUUACUAGCGGCUGGCAGCAGAGAAUAUCCUCCUGUAUGCGCAAUCCUUGGGGGAAUUCUUGGCCAGGAAGUGAUCAAAGCACUGUCUGGGAAGGGUGAUCCUCUCAAGAACUUCUUCUACUUCGACACUGCUGACGGGAAGGGCGUGAUCGAGGACAUAUCUAACCAAUCUGCAAACUCAGCUGAUGGCAAAGCUGUGAGAGUGGAUGUAGCCAACAUUUCUGAAUGCUGAUGGUUGCGGCGGUGAUUAGCAUAAUCGACAUUGUCUAAAUUAUGAUAAACUAAGGAGUAGUUAUUUAUUUUUCGGUUAACCAGAAGUUAAAAGGCUUGUUUAGUAUUUUGUACUAUGGAACUGAAACUUGAACUAAGUUUUGUAUUGCAAGUAAUUAUUACAGCUUGGUCUGAUUUUGAAGUUAUUACAGUUUAUAUAA